CAAUCCCUAGUCCCUUCCUGAAAAAAAAACACUUUCUCUCUCUCUCUCUCUCUCUGAUUCGAUCUUCUUCUUCUUCUUCCGCUGAAUGCUUUCUCUCUCUUCCCCGCUGAUUCUGCGAUCCCAUUCGUAGAUUAAUGAUCACGCAUCGUUCGUUACUCAUUCAUUCUCUUAGCCGUUCCUUUUUUCUUUGGAUCUAUUUUAGAUUCUUGUCUCAAAUCCAUUAGCUCUUCUCUACUCUUUUCCGAUUCUAUCCUCAAGAGAGUUUUAACAAGCUUUAAUCCUCUUUUAUGUUUUUUUUUUUUUUGGAUCAGAUGCGUUGUUGUUAAUUGAGCUUUACUGAAAAAAACAAACUACUAGUUCGACAUGGAGAUUAGUUGCGACGAGCUUGAAGCUUGCGGCGGUAUGCACAAAUCUGGCGACUGCAGGAAUCUAGAAUGGGGUUUUGGUAAUCUGGGCCGAUUCGGGGAAGACGAUCUCUUCAAUACGAUGUUGGGAGGACAGAUGAGUAACGCUUUGUUCAACGAUUUGUUGAGUUUCGGUGAAGAAAUCAACGUGCUUACUAGUUUGCCUGAGGAUCCCUUCUGUAUGAAUAAUAUUAGAUCCACUUUGAACUCCAUCUCUGAUUGGUGGUUUCACGAGACUCAGAUUGGUGUUGUUGAUAACUUUAGUACCCUCUUGCAGCAACAGAAGGUUAGCACCUUCAAGAUGAUGAAUGGUUUCGAGGGACUGUGUGGAGAAGCCACAUUGCCUGACGAUCCCUUUUCUAUGAAAGUUAUAACCACCUUCAAGGAGGAGGAUAAAGUAUCCGACUCUCUUCUUCCCACUCACCUUGAUGAUGAUGAUGAUGGUGGUGAGGAGCCUCACUCCGCCUUUGAUCUAGUCCUUCCGUAUCUAGAGAUGAGAGACCUUCUUGCGGUCGAAGGAGUCUGCAGGUCCUUGCGCGGCUCCGUUAGAAAAGAGUCUUCUUUCUUGUGGAGAACCAUUGACCUCAGUGGUGACUCCCCUCUCAAGUACAGAGUAACCGAUGAUUCUCUUCUCAAGCUAACGCGCCGCGCUCAAGGUCGUCUUCAGUGUUUGAAUCUGGGAGGAUGUGUUAGUAUCACUGAUAAUGGAUUGGUGCAAGUGCUUGCAACCAAUCCCCACCUCACAAAGCUGAGUGUAUCCGGUUGUCAUAGACUAAGCACAGCAGGAGUACUGUCCAUUUUAAGAGACUUGAAAUCCUCAAACCAGCUUGGAGUCAAAAGCCUUAUCACCGGUGGGGCGUUAUAUUUCACAAAGGAGCAGUUUAAGGAGCUGAACUUACUACUCGGAGCAGCAGAUGCUAAAGCGGGUAGGAGGCGGAGACUGUAUACAUCAUGUAGAUCAGAAUUCUCUUUGGAGAAGGAUCGAGGUACUGAUCUAGAGAUAUGUCCGUGGUGUGAGAAACCAAGUCUGGUGUUUGAUUGUGCAUCGGAAACAUGUCCGCUUAAGGAUCAUCCUUGUCCUAAACAGUCGUGCAGAGCUUGCGUAGUCUGCAUAGAGCGUUGCCACGACUGUGGGAGUUGCUUGAAUGAUUGUGAGCACAAGCCGUUUUGUUUUGCGUUCAGCUGUGUGAUCUGUUACAAGAAGAGGUCUAACCAAUUACAAGAGUUGCUUUGAAGUCAAAACACACAUAAAGAAUUAAACACUCAGAGGGGGGCUUUUGUAUUCUUGUUGCGCACCAUAUGUUCUGAGCCAAUAUUGAUCCUGCAACUCUUUGUAAAGGAGCAGACUCAGAGAGAGACAGUACAGAAGCAAAGACGAAAGCUUUGCGGGGGAAUGUACAGGAGAAGAGAUGGACACCAUUUAUAUUUUCUUUUGUUUUCCUAGAACUUACACAACUUUGCCCCCAUUGGGUGUUGAAUGGAAUGGUGGUUAUGAUGAA